AUGCUCGCACGACAGGCCACUCGCACCCUGCGCUUGCCGCUCUCGAAACCGCCUCUUCCUCGCCCCACACCCCCAUGUCGCUCGCUCGCGACCGUCUCGCGGGCAGCACGACCCACGCAGGUGCUAUGGAAGGUCGUGGGACUGCUCGGAGGAGCCGCACUGGCCUACACGGCGUGGCAGGUCAAGCCAGAGUGGGUGCCGAUACAGCAACCGCUCCACGCCGACGCACCCGCUCCUGUCGGGAUCUACACGGACCCGACCACGUCGACUCCCUUCCCUUCUCGCCUUACCUCGCCUGACGGCACGCAACUGAGGCUCGUUGGGACGGGCGUGCGCACGGUGUCAUUCUUGAACAUCAAGGUGUACGCUGUCGGGUUCUACGUGAGCGAGCAAGAGUUGCAGUGGGCGAAGGAUGGGAAGAUUGCCGGAUGGGAGGGCUUUACCCCUGAGCGCCUCAUCCCACCCUUCGGCAUUCCUUCAGGCGAGCCUGACCGCCCCAAGGGCGAGCUGUUGAUGGAAAGCUUGCUGGAGAAGGCGGACGCGGCGAUAGUCAUCAUCCCCCUUCGCAAUACCUCCCUCCCUCACCUGCGCGACGGCUUCACUCGCGCCAUCACCGCUCGCAUGCAAGUCCCUCGCGUCUCGAACGAGUUCACUGAUAACAUGAGCGAGCGGACCGGCGCCGCUCUCGUCGAGUUCAAGAGCUUCUUCCCGUCCAAGACGCUGCAGAAGGGCCUGCCGCUCGAGGUCUACUAUUCUGCGCGCGACCGGACGGCGCUCUUCCAGAUCAGGAACGAGCAGUCUCGGAAACCGGAAGUCCUCGGCACCCUCCGCGAACCGCUUCUCGCGCGGGAACUCAUCGUCUCCUACUUCUCCGACACCGCCGCACCCUCUCGCGAACUCGUCACGUCGAGCGCGAUGGGUUUCUCAGGCGAAGCGAGGGGAGAGCCGGGCGACAGGGGUGCGGCGUAG